AUGCCUGGAGUCACAAAAUUAAACAUCACUAUUCAGCCUGAGGGACCUGAAAGCAUUGGGAUCUUUUCAUUGUGCAUUUUUAUUGCCACCAUUGUAGUAGGUCUCAUUGGAAAUGGGCUUGUAAUAUUUCUGACUGGCUGCAGAAUGAAGACGACCAUCAACUCCAUUUGGUUUAUUAAUUUGGCGAUUGCAGACUUCAUCUUCAUGUUGUCUUCAAUCAUAGAUCUUCUCUCAGCUUUGGGCCAUUGGCAUCCUUACUUAAUGAAAGGCAUUCUCCAGAUAACGUUAACACUAAAUCUGUUUUCUAGUAUUUUUUUUCUUGUAGUUAUCAGUCUGGACCGAUGCCUGUGCACAUGGAUGGCUGUUUGGGCUAAAAAUAAACGAACUUUACUUAAAGCCAGGAUCAUCUGCAUAAUUAUCUGGGUUUCAUCUAUCGGCUGCAGCUUUCCUUCCUUUACAGUUAAUAUGUUUACUCGUGCGUCUCUGAUCACAUAUGACUUUAUAGUGGGCUUCCUCAUCCCGUUUCUGAUCAUUGCAUCUUCAUACACAGCUAUUGGAGUAAGAAUCAAACGCCUCAAAAGGGUAAAGCAGCUCAGGAUGUACCGAGUCAUUAUAACUGUAACUCUGGCUUUUUUCAUAUGUUGGUUUCCAUACCAUGUUUGCCAGAUUUAUUUUAUAACUGCAGCAAAAAGCAGGAAUGAUAACAAAGCAUUUUUUUUGGCAGUGAUUGUUGUUAGUAUAUACCUGGUUUGUCUAAACAGCUGUCUGAACCCCAUUCUCUAUGUGUUCAUGUGUGAUGAGUAUAAGAAGAAGCUUAAACAGUCUCUGCUGCUGGUGCUUGAGACAGCUUUUGCUGAAGAUCAUCUGGACUUUAAGGCAGAUGCAAAAGAACGAGCAGGACAUGAAAACCCAACUGAAUAGUUAGAUAUGUAGAAAACUGUUCUCUAAAUGAUGAACCUGGAUCUAAUAAAGUAUGUUUAUAGUCCUUAUCUAGCAACUUGUAAAAAACAGCAACUGCAAAAUUCAUGUUUGGAGCAUGACUGUGUAUAAUGUGUGUUGUAAAACCAAACAGAAAAAAUCUUCAAGCUAAUGACCAUUAUAUAUGUUUGUGAAACUUCUCAUGAAUCUAAAUAUGCAAAAGCUGAUUUUGUUCUACUGAUUUCUGUUUGAACUUUAUUCUGAAUAA